AUGGAGUCUUUUGACGUCGAAGCCCUGUAUACGAAUGUAUCUUUGGAAAACCUCACAACGGAUAAGAUAUCCCUCUGCUUUCCUUGCAUCUCCGACGAAAUGAGCGCUGCUAUUAGGCGGUGUCUGAGGAGAGCAGACUUGGAUAGCUCCGUUUCGGUCGUUGAAAUGCCACCGAACAAUUUGAAACGUCAGUUAGUUCGGAAUCGUUUGUACGAUACCAUCUGUACAACACCGAACUGUAUUAUUUGUCAAACAGGUAAACCAGGAGAGUGCUUGAGAUCCAGGGUAGUCUACCUCAUUUCUUGCACGAACUGUGGAGACGAGUAUGUCGGUGAAACGGCACUACCACUGUAUAUCCGCAUUAAAGAGCACGUGAGCGGCAAGAGUAGGUUACGAGAAUGGACACCUUUAGGUGCCCAUAGAACACAAAAACACGACGGAGCCGAUUUUGAAAUUAGGGGCCAAAUCUUAGCGCACGAAUCUAAAACGUUGGCUCGAAAAUCGCUGGAGGCAUUUUGGACCCAACCCAAAAACGCUAAAUGA